CUCAUCAUGAAAUACUGCGAUUCAAACACAAAUGAACGGAUUACUUGGAGUAGGCUAUGGCAAGCAGUUUUGGAAAUAUUCAAUAACCUCCCCUCCGUUCUGGUCACAACUAAACUCCACUACUUUCACUUUUGCUCAAACCAGUUCAACAAAAAGAAAUUCUUCUCAGCAACUCGUUUCACGAACUGCUGGCACUUUAGCCUAGCGGCUAAAAGUCCAACUAGCAAAAGUGCUGCAGUAAGUAUCUCAACAAGUUUGCUUUUUUUGUUAACAAUACCAAACAACUGACACACUUGUUAAGUAGUAACCCUUAAAUGUGUGCACUAGUUCACUGUGAGCUGUAAAUUCAACUAGUUGACAAAUUAAAGCGUUUAGGAUUUUACCAGUUAGACAAACUAAUUAGCCUCUCAGAUCAAAUAGUGAUUUGAAUGGUCCUAGUUAACUAGAGUCAACAAGUGCAGAUAUUUAAUGGUCACUUGGAAAUUUUUGGGCCAAGUCUGUAAUGAUUAGUUUAUAUAUAAUAUUUUAAAGCCAAAGCUUUGACUAGAGGGGUCUGGUCAUAGACAAGUGUGUCAAAAAUGUUACUAAAAUGGACAGCUUCAGUACUUUUUGGUUUUUACUCUGACUAGUAGAAAAAGAGUGUGAUUGGUUAAUAAAAAUGUAGUGUUUUUGUUGUGGGUUUUUUUGUUGUUGUUUUUUGCUAGUGCAGGAAAACAUUGUACUAGUGUGAGUAAAUGUAGCAGUGCAGAGUAGUAGCAGAUGGCUUGGCUAAAAUGGUGGCUGAAAGGAUGUUGAAUAUUUUAGUCCAACUUCUUGCCUGGUCAAAACUGGUCAUCUAGUGAAGAAACCAACAGCAGAACCGACUGCUAGUUAACUUUCUGAUUAGCAAUUUCUCUUGUAAAGACUAUAAAGUUUACUAAAUAUGCAUUGUAGGGUUGAGUAGUAAUCCAGCUGAACUGUUGGGUCACACCAACUUUAAGAAAUACUUUUAAGUUGGUAAGUGAAUUAUGUGGACGAGUUAACAUGUUAGGUCAACAACUUACUUGUGGUGCUUAAAAUAUUUAAUAAUGAAAUAACUAGGACAAAUAUCUACCUAGUAAGGUUUAAUCACAAACCUUACUGUGAGUAAGAAGGCCACAAUGCUGACAGUUCUCCAGAAUAUCAAAUAUUUACACAAACUGCUUGCCAUACUGGAUAGUCACGCUGGCCGGGGCUGAGUUGGGAGGGGCUACGAGGACAUAUAAGGGUCUUUCGGGGAAAAAACAGUUAUGCGUAAGCCCGUACACGCCGUGCGUAAGUGUGGAUGUGAAGUGGAAGGGCAGCGAGCUGUCCGGCAGUUCGUUACUCAGAGCGCCUUCCUUCCUCCGCCGGGCCCUAACAUGGAGCUUGGGGCUUAUAAAUACCACCUAAAUAGUUCUCCAAACAAUCAAGUCAAAGGGUUACCGGAUCGCGCAAGAACUUAAACGGGGCACAGCUGAGAUCCAAACAUGAACGUCGCAGCGGGGUUGUUUGUGCCGAUGCUUGUUUUCCUCCUGGGAAAAGCUGCGGGAGCAGAGCGGACCAGCAGCUACUGCAUCGGGAAUGUUUGCUUCACCCUGUUCCGGGACCCCAGCACUUUCAGCUCUGCGCAGCAGCUCUGCAGAGACCAGGACAGUCACCUGAUGACGGUGCGGACCUCUGUGUCCAGCGACGUGCUCUCCGUCCUGCUGGGAAACCUGACCGGCAGCUUCUGGAUCGGCUUGCACCGCCUGAGCGGCUGUCCGGACCCGUCAGAGGAGCUCCGAGGCUUCCAGUGGGUAACCAAGGACACCGAGAGCGACUUUGUCAACUGGGAGUCGGACCCCGACGACAGCUGCGCCGCCGCCCGCUGCGUGUCCGUGAACGGAGAUGAGAACUUUAAAUGGAGGCAGACGCCGUGCGACCAGCCCGCAGCGGGCUUUCUCUGCGAGAACAGCUUCACCGACCCCUGCACUAACCUGCCGCACGCAGCGGAGCAGUCUGUGCGCUACUGGACUCCCUACGGGUUAGAGGUGGAGGACGUUCAGUCCUCCACGCUGCCGAGUGGAAGCGUCGCCACCCUUUCCCCGUCCAAGACCAAAUACAUCUGCGGCACCUCCAAGAAGUGGCUGCGGGCUCCUUGGAACUGCGAGAUAAACGAAGGCGGGUGUGAAUACAAAUGCGCCGUGGACCCCAGCAACACCCCCAUCUGCUACUGCCCGCCGGGCAAGACCGUGAGCCCGGCCAACGGAAUCUCGUGCCAGGCGGAGGGCACGGACGACCCAUGUGCGGCGUUGCACUGCCAGCAGACCUGCUACGAGGCCGGAGGCCGGCAUCAGUGCGGCUGCGGCCACGGCCUGCAGCUGGCCGCGGACGGCAGGACCUGCGUGGACUUCGACGAGUGCGCGGACGAGCGCCAGUGUCCCGAGGAGAACUUCAAGUGCGUGAAUACGCCGCGCGGCUACACGUGCGUCUGCGAGAGCGGUUACAGGUUGGUAGGCGGCGCGUGCGUUGACACGGACGAGUGCACGCUCGCGCCGUGCGAGCACGAGUGCGCCAACUCUCUUGGAAGCUACGUGUGCUCGUGCUUUAAGGGGUACAGGGUGGACGAGAAGGAUCCGCAUAAAUGCAGGCGGCACUGCGGGGAGCAGGAGUGCCCCGCGGAGUGCGACCCCAACUACAACUUCCAGUGCUUCUGCCCGGACGGCUACUUGUUGGAGGAAAGGGGGGGCUCCAGCUUCUGCAUAGACUUGAACGAGUGCGAAUCUAAUUACUGCGAACAGGAGUGCCGAAACACGUACGGCGGGUACGUGUGCUCCUGCAAGCCCGGUUUCAAGUUAGUGGGUGAAGACCAGUGCAGAGAGGUCGUGGAGAGCUCCACUCUUAGCAUCCCCGCAUCGCCCACAUACCCGACCCGGCGGCCCUCCGCGGUGACGGCCGGGGCUCUGGUGGGGAUCAUAGUGAGCACGGUGUUCAUCGUCGUGCUGGCCGUUUUCGCGGCUCACGUGCUGCUCCUGCGCAGAGGGAAGAAGGAGGAGAGCGCCGCAGGUGCGCUGAAAGAGGCCGAGGAGAACAUGCACGGCCUGCAAAGGCUGAGCGACAGCCACAGGGACAAGGUGGUGUAGGAGAGAGACGCCUUUAAACGAAGGGCGUAAAUGAAUGUACGAGCCGAGCCUUCAGAAGCACAAACUCAAAAAAAAUUUUUUUUUAAAAACUCACUUUUGAGGAAGAAGUCUAGCAGGAUGCAGCUCAGCCAGAAGAGUAAAUGAAGCAGCAAACGGUUUACAGAAAAAUCCGUUCGUGUUUAUAUUUACUGCCCAACUCACAUACAGCCUCCGACAUGUAAUGAAGUGACAAAAGUAACUGUUUACAGUUUUUACUUUGGUAUUAAAAUGUAAUAUGAACAAGUAAAUGAUUAUAAUGA